GUCAUGGUGGAGGUGGCCAAGGAGGCCAUGGAGCCUACCAAGGUGGACAUCACGAGGCUGUGCCAGGACAUGUUCUCCAAAAUGGCCAUGUACCUAACAGGGGAGCUGACAGCCACCAGUGAAGAUUAUAAACUUCUGGAAAAUAUGAACAAACUGACUAGCUUGAAGUAUCUAGAAAUGAAAGAUACUGCAGUAAACAUAAGUAGAAACCCAAAGGACUUAAACAAGAAAUAUGCAGCACUUCGGCCUUACCUGAAUCAGAUCACUUUAAUUGAGGAGCAAGUAGUAGCUCUUGAGCAGGCAGCUUACAAGUGGGAUGCAUAUUCAAAGAAACUAGAAGCAAAGUACAAGUUAGAGAGGCAAUGA